CAUGCACGGCAGCGACGGCCGCCGUGUCCUUCUCUCUUCCGUCGUACCCGCGCCGCCUCCGGCGCCGCCCGUCCCUCCUCCGCGCUGCGUCCACUGCGGCGCCCCCGUCCCCCGACCUCUCCAUCCAGCUCUCUCCCCGCCCUUCCCCGCGCACCUCGCCUCCCGUAGUACCAUCCCUCGCCCGCGACCGCGCAGAGGACCUGCAGGCCGAGUCCCGCGCCAUGACCCGAGCCGCUGCCGCCACCGUCUACACCCCCGAGCUACUCGCCUCCCGCUACGGCUCCCAACCUUUCCAGGUGGCGAUGAGAGCGGCGGAGGUGCUCUCGAAGCUGGGGGCAUUCGGGCUAAAGCUGCUGCUCGACCAGCAGAGGGGGGAGUCGUCCUCGUCAGCGAAGAGGCGUGCCAGGGCGGUCGAGCUGCGAACUGUACUGACAAGGCUUGGCCCGACGUUCGUCAAGAUUGGGCAGGGUUUGUCCACGCGGCCUGACCUCUGCCCGACUGAGUAUCUCGAGGAGCUCUCCGAGCUGCAGGAUUCUCUCCCCACAUUUCCAGAUGAAGAGGCAUUUGCCUGUAUCGAGAGGGAGCUUGGCUUUCCUCUUGAUUCAAUGUACUCAGCAAUGUCACCUUCACCGAUAGCUGCAGCAAGUUUAGGUCAAGUUUACAAGGCACGGUUGAAAUACUCUGAGCAGUUGGUAGCUGUCAAGGUGCAAAGACCUGGCAUCGAGGAUGCCAUAGGCCGUGAUUUUUACCUACUGAGGGGACUUGGUUUUCUAAUAAAUAAGUAUGUUGACAUUAUAACUACUGAUGCAGUUGCUCUGAUAGAUGAAUUUGCCCGAAGAGUUUUCCAAGAGCUUAAUUAUGUCCAGGAAGGCCAAAACGCACGAAGGUUUAAAAAAUUAUAUGCUGACAAGCAAGACAUAUUGGUCCCUGAUAUAUUUUGGAAUUACACAAGUGCAAAGGUACUGACAAUGGAAUGGAUUGAGGGUGUAAAGCUUAAUCAACAAGCUGCCAUUGAAGGCCAAGGCUUGAAGGUCCUGGACUUGGUAAACAUUGGUAUACAGUGUAGCCUAAGGCAGCUACUAGAGUAUGGUUACUUUCAUGCUGACCCGCAUCCUGGUAAUAUUUUGGCAACACCUGAAGGGAAGCUUGCUUUUCUUGAUUUUGGCAUGAUGAGUGAAACCCCAGAGGAUGCAAGGGUAGCCAUCAUAGGGCAUGUCGUUCACAUGGUCAAUCGGGAUUAUGAAGCGAUGGCUCGUGAUUAUUAUGCACUUGAUUUUCUGAAACCUGAAGUGGAUGUAUCCCCAAUCGUACCUGCCCUCAAGAUUUUUUUUGAUGAUGCUUUGGAUUCAACAGUGAGUGAGCUAAACUUUAAAACCAUAGUUGAUGGCUUAGGCGCUGUUCUUUAUCAGUACCCAUUCAAUGUACCGGCCUACUAUGCGUUGAUACUGCGAUCACUCACUGUGCUGGAAGGUCUGGCACUCUAUGCCGAUCCUAAUUUUAAGGUGCUUGCUGCCUCAUAUCCUUACUUUGCUAAAAGAUUACUCACAGAUCCCAAUCCAUAUCUCAGAGAUGCUCUGAUUGAGCUGCUAUUCAAGGAUGAAAAAUUCAGGUGGAAUAGGCUUGAAAAUCUUCUUGUUCAAGGACGCCAGGAUAGAGAGUUUGUAGCGAAGGAUGCUCUACAACCGGUUUUGAAACUUCUACUUGGUCCAGAUGGGGAGAAUUUAAGAGUGCUAGUUGUGAAAGAAGCGGUUCGUGUCACAGAAGCCAUCACCUUCGGAACACUGAUUGAUUCAUACAACGCAGCUCCAGAAUUUUUGAAGCCAUUAAUAUCCAAUGGCAAUCCAGCUGGACCAUUUAAGAUAAGUGAUGUUGAGCGGGAACAAAUGUUGGAGCUACGAGACACUGUUCUCAGAAUAUGGGGUCUUCUGAGAUCCUCUGAUACCUUUGAUCCAAGUCUUUUGCAGCCAAUUGUACAGGUGCUACAAGAGCGUGAAGCCCGUAUGUUUGGUUCUCGUAUUGCUGGAGGUGUCUCGCAGCGCCUUGCAGCCCGCUUGCUGCAGCAGCUGCUCAGGAUCCCACCUGCACCUGUUCCUGGAUCUUCUUAGAAUCUUUGUAGAUAGGCUCACACUAAACCAUGUAAAUUGACACAAUACUUUCUGCACCAAAAGGAAAAAAAAGAAAAGCAACUAUAAUAAUCAGUAGAUAAACAUCCCCUAGUGUCAGCGUCUGUUCUAUUUUAAUUUGAUGUUCAGAUGCAACGCAUUAGUAUGUCUUUUCCUUUUACUGCUUGAUAUUGUGUACCAAGAGUUUAAGAAAGUAACGGAUAGGUAGUACCUAGUGGAGUUCAA